GCCGUCUUCGAUAUCGCUCCUCCUCCUCACGACCGCCUCUUCCUGCGAAGCCCUCUCCUCCCGGGCUACUUGCAGGCACGCUCCCCACGAUCGAAUGGACUAUACACACAAUGGCACAGGAAAGCACAGGACCCGGGCAUCGCGCCCUCCACGCACAUCCUCCGAGUCCCACCGAAGCGAUUGGGACCCUGCCGACGGCUUCGAGCACGGCUCCUUACCCACACGAGAACGACGCCGCAGCAGCCAGACAAAGGUCCUAGAUGAUGGCCGCAAGUCCAAUUACUACCCGCCCACAAGCUCACGGCCCAGACGAGCCUCUGAUGCUCUGCCAGGCCGGGCUCAAGACCCUAUGCCGCUUACACCGCAAUCUGCUGGUCAUAGGUCAGGUCGCGCAGCUACAGGCUCCCGAAGUCGGGCCCCUGUGGGCAGCAUUCGGGCACCCUCAGCACCACGGCGGGUCGUUGAAGAAGAGGACGAUUCCUCCGAGGAGGAAGAGGAAGACGAUGAAGAUGAGUCCGAGGACUUUGAAGAUAUAGAUGAUGAUGAUGCCGUCAAUGUUCUUCCUCGAUCACGGGCAGCCUCAAGAGCGGCGUCACAACUUCGACGCGGCAUCCCGCCACACCCCCGGGACGAAAGUCCCAGCACUGAAGGGGGCGGGGACACAGAUCUGUCAGAUGAUAGUGCCCAUCCGCUGAAAACACCUGCUGUGCGCUCACGAGCAGUAUCCCGGGUAAAAUCAUCAAGGCGACCCUCCCGGUCCGAAUUUGAUGCCGACCCAGACUCCGAUUCCGAUGACGAGUCCAGUUCAGACAUCUCCUCAGAAUCCGAUGUUGCCCUACGUAAAUCGCGGAGAACUACACCCCAACGCAAACAGAUCGAGAGUGCUCCGAUCCCCGUGGUGUCGGAUCUCGUCCGGACGCAGAAGACCACACCAGUCAAGAAGCGGCUCAAGUCUGCUCAGGACUUGGAUGACGAACUGGAAGACGAUUCGUCAUCCUUGCUCGAGCGUGACACGACGCGUGACCUAGAUCGACUCAGAUCCCGACAACAGCUCCCAGAGAUACACAUCGCCAAUCACAUCUCUCCGACGAGAGAGCAUCGUAGGCACCACUCUGACCCAAAGAGACCUGUACGCGGACAAAACUAUUCUCCGCAGCGCAAAUCUGGAACCAGACGUGGCCCAGCGUCGCCAAAGGUUUAUUACUCUUCCCAGUCAUCUGCGAACAACCUCCACCGGUCUCACACUGCGCCAAGCUCAUACGUGACUUCUCGCAGCGCACCAACCAGGCGCAGCAACUCGACCAGACGGUCCUCCAGUUGGAUUGAGCCUCAGCAGACAUUGCAAGCUGUUCCACGCCAAAGACAUGCAAGAUCGAAAUGUUUAAGUUGCGGAACGCCCGAAUAUCUCUCUGAGAAGCUUGCCUGCCGGCAUCGACUUUGUUCUCACUGCCUGCGCACCAUCUUCCGGGAUGCAGAUCCUAUAUCGCCCCCCAUUUGUCCCUGCGGGCGGCUUAUAAGCACGGAAGCUGUGGACUCUGCCAUGAUACCCAAAGACAAGAAGUCUUGGAACAGGCGCUAUGCCAAGCACAUUGCUCACACCCGUCGAUUUUGCCCCAUCGACUUCUGCGGCGUCUGGAUACCACCGGAUCUAUUUGACCAGCACCAGCGGACAGGGCGGUGUCCCCAAUGCACAAUUCAAGUGUGCUUGACAUGCAACCUAAACAUGAAACUUCACAAGAGAAAUCGUGGCUGUCCCGGAUUAGAUGCACAAACCAUGGAGCAUCUCGAAGAGGUGCGGAAUCAUCCUCAGCGCUUUUGCCGCGAAUGCGAGUGCAGCGUCCAGCUCAGCGAGGACGAUCGCCUGGCGGAAUGCCACAAGUGCCACAAGCAGACUUGUGCAGCCUGCGACAAAGAAUGGAGAUCAUGCGACUGCCCAUGGUUCGUUGAUGGACUAAAACCGGAGCGCCUCGCGACCCAUCCUGCAGCGAAAGUCCCAGUGUUAGAACCACAAGUCCCCGAAGCACCACCUAUCUUGCCGACGUCGCGGAACAGGAGAAUGUCAUCUUCUGGUCGCACCAACCGGAGCCGUGCAAGUCAGCAUCACGAGGAAACGCGUCGUCGUCGCAGACAUGAUCGGACAGAACCAGCCUUCAGCCAACAGAUUUUGUAUGACGAGCCCGAAGAAGACUAUGGCGGCGUUGUAGGCAUUAGCAACACCCCAGGUCAUUUCAUGAACGACAAUUACCGACGAGGGCAUGAGUCAAUUGUUGAGCCGCCAUCUCCACCACUUCCGCACCCCGGUGUUCCCUUUGACAGAAUCGAGGCCGGAGCCAAUUAUAUAUCCGGGGUCAAUCGGGCCCGGGGUGUGAAUGGACGCGUAGGCUCCAUGGAACGCCUAGCUGAGCGUUUUUCGGACCAGAGGAAUGGUGGGAGCCCUGGACAUCGGUCCUAUGGCCCAGUGCCAAUGCAGCCAUCACCAUCUGUCCCAAGAAUUAUGGCUCCAUCGACAACUAUGAUGAUGCCAAUGUCCGGCCCGCCUGCUCCUACACUGCGAAGGCACCAUACCGUCGACGAAGAGCUGUCGAGCCCGCGCAUGCAACCGAUUGAGCGCACACCGAUGCGUCGGCGCACCAAUGAUUUCGUGGACGACAUUGAAUGGCCAUCACCCUCGAGUCAUUCCACAAGGAGUCAGCAGAGCCGCCGCCGCGAGGCUGAGAUUGCACGUGCCGAAUCGCCCCUCGACGACAACACCAAUGCCGUACAGCAAGCUGGCUUGUCAGGCGAGGGACGUGGAGCUGACAGAGUCGAUGAAUGGCGUCGACAUGUCCUUGUCGCACCCGAACGUCGAAGUUCUGUGACGGCUCAAGGUUGAUGCAGCUUUGCAGGUCCUGCAGGGCAAUGGGUUCUCGCUGGUACCCUGACACUCUUUUGGGAGCCUUUGCAUCACAAGCAACAACAAAAACCAGCGGCAAAGGCGACAAGGACGGCAUAAGACGA